CAACAACAUUCGCUUUGUGCCGUACUGGAAGACUCACGUUUCUUGUUUGUUUUUACUGAUUUUUGUAAACGCCGUGUCUUUUUCAAGUCGAUAAUUGAAAAUUUAAUAGUUUUGGUUUUUUCAAAUACCUGUUGCGCGCGCAUAUUUCGACGACUUUGUACGUUUCUUUGCUCUGUUGAAAACAUUUUAAAGUCGGUGAAUUUAAUGACAAUGGAAGACUUAGUGCAAUUCAAGGUGUUCACCUACUGGUCCCAAGACAGCCCCCCAGAGGUGCGCCGUUUCGGGAUUGAGAAGAGUGUGGUCACCAGUUUCCACUAUUUGAAUGCCAAGCUGCAAGAUGUCUUCCCCGGACUUAAGGGCAAGGCAUACACUGUUAUGUGGAAAGAUGAGGAUGGCGAUGAAGUUUCCAUUUCAUCAGAUGAUGAAAUGAUGAUAGCACUGUCUUCUCUCCAAGGCCACAUUUACAAGCUGUCUGUGAAACCUAAAAUCCAAGAUGCAGGAGACAAGGAUGUUGACAUCACAAUUGCAUUUCCGGAGGUCUCUUGCGGCCUUACAGGCCCCUCCGUGCACCACAUCGGCGUGGUUUGCGACAACUGCGAGUCCCCAGUAUCCGGUUACCGCUACAAAUGCACCGUGUGCGCCGACUUCGAUUUAUGCUCGCGCUGCGAGGCCGCCGGCAACCAUCCGGAGCAUUGCAUGGUGCGCGUGCCCGCUCCGAGCAUGCCGCGCGCCAUGAUCCGAGCGGCGAUCAAGCGCUCCCGCCACUUCCUGAAAUCCGUCGCUACCAGCGCCGAAGAAGAGUGUCACAAACGCCACCGCCGCGACCGCAGCGCCGAGAAGAAGCGCGACCACCCCCGCGACCACCACCGCGACCGCCGCUCGCGCCCCAGCUGGCUCGACACCUUCGCUACCUACAUGAACGAGUUCGCCAACUUGGCCGGCGAUAUUGACCUUGAUACCAUGAACAAGGAUCAGAAGCAGGAACAGCAGACCCCGCCUAAUACGGCCGAGCCGCAACCGAGCACUUCUCAGACACAGUGCCCUUUUAAGCCGGCGAUGAGUUGCCCAUUCAAACCGACCACUGAAGCCAAGUCAGACAAUACCACACCAAAGCCAACAGAGUGCCCUUUCAAACCGUCCACCACCACAACACCAAACCCUGAGGUUCCCCCAUUGAACGUCCCGUCCGGCCUGGACCUCAACUUUCUCCAAACGCUUCUUCAAACCCACUUGGCUAAUCUGACUUCUCGUGACCAGAACAUGCGAGAGGAGGGUCAAGGUGAUAAGAAAACCACUGAUGACGCAGAAAGCGUCAAGUCUGAUAAAGCCAGCACUUCUGACAGGGUCAGUGUCAAGUCCAAUGAGUCUGUGAUUUCCAAUGACGUGAAAAGGGAGCCGUCUUUGGACAAAGCUGAUGACUGGAUGAUGGUCAAUCAGGACAAGGAUCUGAUGGACCUGGCUUAUGUGAAUGUGAAGCCCACUGCUCCAGAACAGGGGCAGAUUGGGUUCAACCUUCCCGAAGAAUUCCAGCAACGUGUCAACAUCUCCGGUGGUAAUUUGUACCCGCCUCUCAAUAUGGCUACUGCAGUAUUGAACACUAAAGAAGCUGAGCUGCCCAAGAGCCAGGCUGCCGCGACGCCCGCGCAGCGCGCCCCCGGCCCUGCGGCCGCCGCCGCCGGCCCCACCCCCGCCGGUCCCGCCCCCGCCGGCCCCGCACCCGCCCUCACCCCCGCCGCCGCCGCCGCGCCCACGCAGGCCCCCAAACCGCAGCCGCAGCGUCAUCCUUCGCCGCACAUCGAGGCCGCCAUCCAACAGAUGCUGUCCAUGGGCUUCACCAACGACGGAGGCUGGCUCACUCAGCUGCUCGAGAGCAAGGAUGGCAACAUCGCCGCCGUGCUCGACCUGCUUACCCCUGUCAAUCCUAAGCAGAAGUAAAGGGGCCAACUGGGCACCUCCUGUUUAUUAGAAAUAUAUAGAUCAUGUCAUUCAUGAAGACGCGAGCCUUAACUCGUAAUGUCAUGUUAUUAAAGGUUAGAUUUGAUAAAUCUGCGCGUCAUCGUGGAUGACACGAACUAUAAAUUGUCACAGUCAAUGGAACAUAUCGUAAGAGUGACUAGCACAAACACGCCACCAUCAUAGUGACCCCUCUGAAAAGAGUACAUUGUUACCUCCAUAACAUCAAAAUGAUUGUUUGAAUAAUCCAUUCGAUAAGUAACCGGGAAGUGCCUGAAGGAAGUUAGUGGCGCGACAAUAACGCCAUAAGAAUAAUCCCGUAUUAUUUUAAAUAAAAUACACAUUAUCCAUAACUUUCUCUGUAUCGUCAUAAUAACGAGAUGUUACACUUUAAGUGGAUAUAUUCUAAGAGCAUUAUUAAAUUGGAAAUACCCAUAAAUCUUGAUGUCUGGAAUUACAGUUUAAAACUGUUUUUAAUUAUAGAUUAUACUUGACGUGUAUUUAUGAAAUUAUACAAUUGAAUGUUGUGCAAUUACAAUUCCAUAAUGAAUGUUAUAAAAUAUAAUAUAGUAGACAUUAUAUGUAAGGUAAGUACAUAUACUUGCCUAAGUUAAUUCAACGAUUACGCUGUAUUUAUUAGGUUUAUUAAUAUUUUAAUUACUUUUGAUUCGUAAGGGUAUAAGUUAGGUACUCUUUAUAUUUCUUUACUGUUAUAUUGAAUUUAUUGUUUUGAUAUUCCCUCAAUUCAAUCGUCUUCUCUUUGAUGUUCAUAAUUCUGGAAAUAUCAAAAAAUUCUAAAAUAUUAUGUAAUCUAUUGGUGUGUUAAAUGGUAUAACAACUACGCAGUAUACACUACUCUUACUUGCUGUAAAUGAACUGGAUUUGAAUGUGAGGGAAGAAAAUAUUGGCAUGGCCUACAAUUCUUGACAUGAAAGUAUGUGAUAUCUAAAGUGUGAUGUUACUGUUAAGGGUUAAUGUUAAUUGAUUACGAAAAUGUAUACUUAAAUUAUAAUUAAAUAAAGGCAUAUGGGAAAAAAUAA